AUGACUGUUGGAUUGCAUACUUUAGAGCUGAUUGUCGAAGGUGGAAGUCGAAUUUCUAGCAACUUCGUGCACUUUGAGGCUAUUCGACCCGAGCAAGUGUUUCGAAUCUAUCCGUCUCGUGGUAUCCAAACUGAAAAUACUGAGAGAAAAAUCCGUGUGAUCGGUGAUAAUUUCGUUGAUUCGACGAAUUUAACAUGUAUUUUCGACGAUGUCCAAGCGCCUGCAACGGAUUUCAUAUCACCAUUGGAAAUCGAGUGCGUUGUACCGUUUACUCAGUUGGGAGCAAAAGUAGUUCGGGUAUCAAAUAACGGCGUCGACUUCUCGAAGUCAUCAGGAAGGUACGAGAUACUGCCUAGGAUGUCAAUUGCUGCUGUUUCACCUCACCGAGGAUCGUUUUUGGGUGGUACAAUUGUCAUUUUAACUGGUGUAUUUGGAAGUUACGAAGGGAUCGAGUGCGUAUUUGGAGAAUAUAUCGUGGAAAUCAACGCUCGUGUGUACAGUACAUUAGCGCACGUUGAAGACGAUGUCGACGUUAGCUUUGAGUAUGGAUCAGGGCCCAUCGUGACUGAUAUUGUGCCUUCGGUGAUAUCGCAGACAACUGACUUAACAAAUGUGACGGUGAUUGGAUCAGGGCUAAACGUGACAGAGUUAGUCGGUUGUCAUUUCUCGAAUCAGCCUUCGUCUCCUUUGUACCGUGACCGCGAUGAUGUUUUGUGUAGCUUUGAUGCUAGUUCCACAGGAAUAUUUGAGUUGACACUUGUAUUAGCUGGAACCAGCCGCGAUCAAAUUGCUACGCACCAAAAGAUUCGUGUCAUCCCAGCGAUUCAACCAAUUGAAAUAUUACCCUUUCAAUUCGAUGAAAGGGGGGGAACGGGGACUAUCAUCUCGGCCUUAAAUAUUGUCCCAGGCGCGAAGUCUCUUCGCUGUUUGUUUGGCCACAUCGUAGUGGAGGGAUUGGCUUUAUCAGACGUUCAAAUGCGUUGCAAGACGCCACCCAUGCGGCCCGGACGCACGUCACUCAGACUCAGUCAGGAUGGCUUUUCUUGGUCUGAAAACAAGCUGGAGAUUGAGGCAUUCGCGACGCCGAUGCUGUUUGAAGCAUAUCCGAAUCGCUCUGCUGCAGUAGGUGGCGUUGCAAUUGCUGUGUAUGGAACGAAUCUGCGGGAAUUUGCGAACAUGAAAUGUGUGUUUGGAGACGUUAAGACCCCGGCUAUCAGUGUGAAUAACUCGGUGUCAGCUUAA